UGCUCUAAAUGAACUCUGGGAUAAAACUGUUGAGGAGAGUGUUGUAAAAUUAAUUUGUGACAAAAUGGAAUUAAUCCAAAUAAUUAAGUUCGGCUAUGGCAUGGUCAUAACUUCCCUCAUCCUCAUGAUAUGGUUUUCCCUGACUGAAGGGUUUACGGUCCGCGAAACGGGUGUAGUCCGAUAUCCACCCUGUUAUUUCAACCCGCUUUGCAGUUGCUCAAAGGCCGUACCCGAUUUGGGCAUAGUCCAUUGUCACAACGUUCAUUUGCCAAAAAUACCAGACACUGUUAAUACGUCCAAGGUGUUCGUUCUGCACCUGGAAAACAACGGAUUAAGGACCUUACCUCCGUACUUUUUUCAAAGCACCGGAUUAUAUAAAAUAAUUAUAAGCAGAAAUCCCCUGACGUUUGUGCCACAUGAAGCCUUUCUAGGAUUGGAAAGGUCACUUUGGGAAUUGGAAUUAAGUUAUAAUGAUCUCACAAGAGUUCCUAAUAGAGCUUUAAGAUACUUACAAAAAUUACGGUUGUUAGAUUUAACUGGAAAUGAAAUCAACAAAAUAUUACCAGAAGACUGGAGGGGGCUGGAACAUUCCCUUGAAGAACUAAUCCUAGCCGACAAUUCAAUAACGCACCUACCAAUAGAUUCGUUUUCUGGUCUUCCCAUGGUGGAAACCAUCGAUUUAAGAGGCAACAACUUAAGAGAGAUAGAUCCAUCCGUGUUCAGAGAUGGAAUGAAAAGAUUGGCUCAUUUACUUCUAUCAGACAAUCAAUUAAGUGCAAUCCCAUAUCAAGCCCUUCAACCUCUAAGGACUUUAAAAACGUUGGACUUAAGUUACAAUAGAAUUAAUAAGAUGGAGCCAGUCACUGACACAGGGGCUAUAUUGACUUUAAAUUUUCAGCUGAAUCUGGACGUCUUCAGACUGGACUAUAACUUGUUAACUACUUUGCAGCCAGCUUCCUUUCAGUACUUCAAUGUUGUAAACAAAACCUACUUGGAUGGUAACCCGUUAAGUUCCAUAGAGGAAAAUGCCUUCCGACAGGCUAAAAUCAGGGAACUCUAUUUAAGACUCUGCGGAUUGACCUCCAUAAAUCCGGCCUCGUUCAGUGGAUUGGAAAACUAUCUGGAAAUAUUGGACUUAUCCGGAAACAACAUUGCACUGUUGCCUGAAAAUUUGUUGCACCGUUUUGAGUCCCUCAAAACUCUAUCCUUAAGGGACAACAUAUUUACAAAGCUAAACCCAAUUGAGUCGUUCACUGGAUUUCAGUUUACCUUGUACAAGUUAGACCUGAGGGGGUCCUCAAAUACACAAAUCAAAAUACAAGAUUUACGAAGGUUAAUUUGUUGCUACUAUCAUACUUGCCAACGUAGUGGAGAUGUUUAUUGUUACAGGUUAAGAAGCUUGAGACAAUUAUACUUGUCGAAGCUCUCAGAAACUUCUUUGACACCGGAAAACUUCGUCGAAUUUGGCAUGGACUUGGAGGAGUUGCACAUUAACUCGGGCAAUUUGCAAACAAUUAAGAACAACGCGUUUAAACACGUCCAUGGACUUAAACUGCUGGAUUUUUCUGAGAACUCCAUUUCAACAAUAGAAGUACAGGCAUUCGCAGAGAUUGGCCACUCUUUACAAACGUUGAUUUUAUCAAGGGGGCUUUCUUCGUCCCACACCAGUUUUCCAUUAGAUGCCAUUAAAGUGUUGGUCAACUUGGAGGUCCUAGACUUAAGUAACAACAGGAUAAGAACAUUGCAAGACACAGCGUUCCACUUUUUGAAGAAGCUAAGAGAAUUAAAGCUGCAAGAUAAUGUCAUAGAAAGCGUUAACAAGGGUACUUUCCAGGGAGACAUUCAUCAAAACUUAGAAGACAUAUACCUAUCAUUCAACAACAUUAAAUCAAUUCAGCAACACAGUUUCGUUGACCUCGCACAUUUGGAGCAGCUUCAUUUAGACGACAACAAAAUCGAAUCCCUCGAAAGACGUUCAUUCAUGAACUUAGAACGUUUGAAGCGUUUGAACCUGAAGGGCAACAAAAUAUCCACUAUUACAUACGAAGCUUUCCAAAACCUACCAGAAUUGGAAGACCUAGACAUUUCCUACAACAAGUUAACCAGCUUCGACUUCAGCAUGUUCGAUCAAGUGGGCACUUUAGCCAUGUUCCACGUCAAUGCCAGUCACAAUAAGUUAAAGGAGCUGACCGUAAAUAUUGGCAACACUUUUCAAUCAGAUUCAGGUAUGGGUGCCUUGCACUCCAAUAUACGAGUCCUGGACUUGUCGUUCAACAACAUAACAACAAUAUCCAGGCAGUUCUUCCGUCCAGUCGAAAUAUCCAUAACUCAUCUGUACUUGGGGCACAACCGGUUGUUGAAUGCUACAAGGGACGUCUUUGGAAACAUGCCCCACUUACAAUGGUUGGAUAUAUCCCAUAAUGGAUUGUACGAAAUGGACUUUGACAUGUUCAGGAACACUAAGAAGCUACAAGUGCUACUUGCCUCCAACAAUAGACUAGCUGAUUUACCAAACGACGUGUUUAGAUUUUUGAACAGGCUUAGAAUAGUUGACGUGUCCAACAACCGUUUAAGGAGUUUGCCUGACAAUUUGUUUAGGGAGGAAGGCUUGGAAAGGUUCGACAUAUCUCACAACAUGUUAAGCAAGCUGCCACUGACAAGUUUUUCAAUGGCCACAGCCAUGAGUUUGUGUGAAUUAGACUUAUCCUGGAACAGCAUAUCAUCUUUGGCACAUGGGGGAGUUCUGGAAAGAUUCAAGAGUUUAAACUGGUUAGAUUUAUCCUACAACAGACUGGCUCAAAUAGACGCAGGCACAUUUAAAGGACUACCGAAAUUAUCCAGCCUGGAUCUUAGCCACAACAGUCAGUUGGCUCUGGAAGAAAACGGCUUAAGUUUGCAAGGCUUGGAGUACUCACUUCUUCAUUUGUACUUGGACAACGUGUCUCUAACUCAUAUACCAAUCCUGCCGACUCCAAAUUUGGUAACACUUUCACUUGCAUUCAAUUCUCUUCCAACGGUACCACCAGAAAUGGCCACCAACAUGACCUCGUUGCAAGACCUCAACUUGAACUAUAAUGACCUAACGGCAGUCCCAAUUGUGACGCAUUCUUUGACUGAAUUAAGAAGUCUAACGAUGGUUGCUAAUCCAAUAACGUUUUUAAGUAACACCAGCUUGUUGGGGGUGGCAGGUCACCUUAUAACUUUGGAUAUUAGAAAUUUUGAGCUGAACACUUUUGAAGCUGGAGCCUUUUGUAAAAUGUACUCUUUAAGAACACUGAAGAUUAAUGUGUAUAAGGACUUGAAGAACUUCAACAUCCCAACAGUGUUACAAUUUAACAGUGGGCUAAGAAACUUGGAAAUUCACAUUCCCAACCCCACAGACAAAAAUUUGGACAAAGAGUUAUCGGGGGAGUUUCCUCCGAAGCUGAGGAACAUUACGUUCUCCGGCAGAGGCAUAAAAAGCCUGGGACAGAAUAUAUUGCAAGGCAUUAAAAGUCCCACCCUCCAUUUUGCGAUAUUUAAUACGAGUUUAUCUAAAAUACAGACUGCAAUCUUUCAAAAGGCUGGCCAGGCUAAAAAUAUAACCGUGGAAAUUAGGAACAACUACGAAUUGAAAAGCCUGUUGAACCCAUCGACUGGAAUGAAACCUAACAUGUACAAAAAGACCUUCUUAAUAGACCUCAAGAUGUCCAACAACAAAUGGUCUUGUGACUGUGAGCUUGGGUGGAUUGAGGUGUGGCAAAGGAAGAAACGUCAGUAUCUUUGUGGUGACAGUCCCAGCACCACUCCAUACUUCACCCACGAGGACUACACUUGUCGCCAUGCCGAUGAUGACCUACGAACAUCCACUUGCAACAACAAGAACAACAAUAGCAUAAUUGAGGUCAUGAAGGCUGACAUUGAGUGUGGAUGGAGCUCAGCACACAGUUUCAACGGCGUUGUUAACUUUAGUCUCAUUUUCAUCAUGGCAGUCUCAAUGAUUUUAUAUUUGUAGAACAGUUGGGGGAAUUUUUUAUAUUAAAAUUAGCCAAUUUUUGCCCAAGGGCUGUCGAUAUUGCUUCUUUCGAUUUUCACAAUUUAAUAAAUACUGCCUGAGCUAGAAAAUUAAAUAUUUCCUGUUGGUCUGGAAAUGUUAGACUGAAAUAACAUCUUAAUUCAUUAUCAAGUCAUUGUUAUAUUAAAAAAUAUAUAUUUUAAUCCAACAUUCUUGUUUUAAAUUAUCAAUACUUUUUUUUAAUUGGAAAAAAGCUUCUUUAAUAUGUUUCUUUCUUCUUUUUAGAGUCAAUU